AUGACAACAAGCGUACAGGAUGGGUCAGUUGCGACAUUUGCCCGGCGGUCAGUCAUCAAUUUCAAGAUUGAACGUGUUGACCACUUCGUCAUCACGGUCGCCGACAUUAACAAGUCCGUGGACUUCUACCAUCGGGUACUUGGCAUGGAGAUCGCUAUAAUCAAAGGUCGUAAAGCGCUCACUUUCGGCCUUUCUAAGAUAGGCCUCCACGAGCGUGGUAAGGAGCUUGAUCCCAAGGCCAGUUGCCUGACUCCGGUUGCGGUUGAUGUCUGUUUCAUCACCAACACGAAGCCGAACCAUGUCAUGGAACAUCUGAAGAACUGCAACGUCACUAUCAUGGAGGGGCCGGUAGAGAGGAAUGGCGCCAUUGGACCAAUCACCUCGGUCUACUUCCGAGACCCGGAUGACAACCUGAUCGAAGUGUCCAACUAUCCCGACAUCAAAUCAUAA